UUUCAUUUCCUUGCUGCGUUUUAAGCUGACUAAAGUAAAAAAUUAGUGUGAAAAUUUAAUCUAAAUUCGUAAAUUUUUCGCAGAAAAUUUAUUGUGAAGGAAAUCUCUAAAUGUUAAAUUGUACAAAGUGAAGUGUAUUUGUAUUGUGCUAUAAAUAAACAAAUUAUAAGAAAAUUGCGUGCUUUGUGUAAUAAUAUAUAUAAGAACAUGAACGUAUAAAUAAAUACAAGAAAAGAACGCAAAUUUUAACUUAAAAACGUGUGGGCAAUACCAAGAGGGCGUGUGUAUUGUAAGAUUUGCUAUAAAAGCAAAGAAAGCACGAAUGUGGUGCAGCGAAUGAGCAAAAAAAAGUGAAAAAGUCGUCCGACAACCCAAGUAAACAAUAUAUGCCUAUAUAAAUAUAUAUAAAGAAAUAAUUGCAGUAGGUACGACUGCGUUCCCACUUUAUACACUGGUUAACUAGUCAAAGACAUUUGUUACGGCCAAAAGAGGGAGGCACAAGCGAUUAAAUAUCCACAUUUGUGUCCAUCAUAAACGCUAUCGCUGCUCCUAUUACCUGAAUAAUAUACACUCUGGCGGGUGAAGUUUAGAAAAAUCAGGAAAAGCAGUCAAACAUUGCAGCCUGUGGGUGACUGGCCAGGUAAACAACGGGGGUCCGAGUUUUAAGCUGCAAGGUGCUAAAAUAAAUUUAUAAAACAGAUUAUAUAAAUACAUAAACAUAUAUGUAAUUAACAUUUUGGCUGCAGUGGCAAACUGGUGAAGGGAAAAGUGCAGCAGAGGAAAAUGAAAAUUUUCCAUUAGUCAGCAAGCAAGCAGAAAUAUUUGUAUACAUACAUAUAUAAAUACAAAAAAUCCUACAUAUUGUGAGUGUAAGAUUUGGUAUGAAAUAACUUGAUUAAUUGCACAACCACAACUUCUUGGUAUAAUUUUACUUGCUGCUAAACUAAACACAAAAGCAAAAUUUGUUAUCUGCGAAAUAAACGAAAACUCCCAACAGUUCCAAGUACGAUAAACCAAACUGUGCCUCCAAAUUAAUUGCUGCCUGCUGAAGCAAAGACAUAACAACAAGUAAACAAAAUAAAAAUAUAUUUAUAUAUAUACAUAUAUAAAAUAAACACUCGAUAUAUUAAAAACAACACUGCUAAAAAUAUAAUAUGGAGUCUGAUGAGGAUUCUUUCGAGAUGGAGAAUGUUGAUUCUGGGAACGUAUCAUCUGGCGAUGAGGGUGACGAAGAUUUCGGCAUGGAAGUCGAUAUACCCUCCUCACAUGAUCGCCAAAUGGAAACCGAAGAGUAUCAAUACGAAGUGCUCUCAACCGAUGAAAUCGUUCUACAUCAGCGGGAAAUUAUCGAUGAGGUCAACAACGUGCUCAAGCUACCACCCACAAUAAUCCGCAUAUUGCUUAAUCACUAUAAAUGGGAUAAAGAGAAGCUGCUGGAGAAAUAUUUUGAUGGCAAUACCGAGGAGUUCUUCAAGGGUGCACAUGUCAUCAAUCCAUUCAACAAAUCCACCAAUCCCAGUCGACUCAAGCUGUCCAAAAAUCCAGUAGAGGAAUGUGAAAUUUGCUUUUCUCUGUUAUCACCAGAUAGUAUGACUGGUUUGGAGUGUGGCCAUCGUUUUUGUUUGGGCUGCUGGCGUGAGUAUUUAACCACAAAGAUCAUUACCGAAGGUCUCGGUCAAUCCAUCUCUUGUGCCGCGCAUGGCUGUGAUAUUUUAGUCGACGACGUUACUGUUACCAAACUAGUGGAUCCGCGUGUUAAAGUGAAAUACCAGCAAUUGAUCACAAAUAGUUUUGUUGAGUGCAAUCAACUGUUGCGCUGGUGUCCGUCCGUCGACUGUACGAAUGCGAUUAAAGUGUCGUAUGGUGAUGCACGUCCUGUUAGUUGUCGUUGUGGUCAUGUAUUUUGCUUUGCAUGCGGUGAAAAUUGGCAUGAUCCAGUUAAAUGUUGUUGGCUGAAAAAAUGGAUUAAAAAAUGCGAUGAUGAUUCGGAAACAUCCAAUUGGAUAGCGGCAAACACCAAAGAGUGUCCCAAAUGUAAUGUGACAAUCGAAAAGGAUGGCGGUUGUAAUCAUAUGGUGUGUAAGAAUCAAAAUUGUAAACAUGAUUUCUGUUGGGUUUGUUUGGGUUCGUGGGAGCCGCACGGUUCGUCAUGGUAUAAUUGUAAUCGUUACGAUGAGGAUGAAGCAAAGGCGGCGCGUGAUGCGCAAGAGAAGUUACGCUCCUCAUUGGCUAGGUACUUGCAUUACUACAAUCGCUAUAUGAAUCACAUGCAGUCGUUGAAAUUUGAAAAUAAACUUUAUGCUGCUGUAAAGCAUAAAAUGGAGGAAAUGCAACAACACAAUAUGUCUUGGAUUGAAGUGCAAUUUUUGAAAAAGGCUGUCGACAUACUCUGCCAAUGCCGUCAGACACUCAUGUAUACAUAUGUGUUUGCCUAUUAUCUGAAGAAAAACAAUCAGUCAAUGAUCUUUGAGGAUAAUCAAAAGGAUUUGGAAUCAGCAACAGAGAAAUUGUCUGAAUAUUUGGAACGUGAUAUAACUUCAGAGAACUUGGCUGAUAUUAAACAAAAAGUACAGGAUAAAUAUAGAUAUUGCGAAAAACGUCGCAAGGUGCUGUUGGACCAUGUACAUGAGGGCUACGAGAAGGAAUGGUGGGAGUAUACAGAAUGACGCGAAUCGUGGAUGGAUGAUUAAAAAGCAUCGUUAAAAACAGAAAAACAAAACAAUAUUUUCAUUAAAUAAACCAAGCAGCAAGCCAAGACAUAGACACAGAGCUCGGGCGGAGGCAGCAACCUGAAAAAAUGAGAAAAAACGGUUAUCCAAAUAAAAAUGUUUGAAAAAAAAAAUAUAUUAUCAUAAAAAA